UCUUUUGAAGAUGGUUUGGCUGCCUUGGAGAUUUGGAGAUCGGAUGCCACAAUGAGGACUCACACACGGGGGGCUCCCAGUGUGUUUUUCAUAUAUUUGCUCUGCUUUGUGUCAGCCUACAUCACCGACAACAACCCAGAAGUCAUGAUUCCUUUCACCAAUGCCAACUAUGACAGUCACCCGAUGCUGUACUUCUCCAAGGCAGAGGUGGCAGAACUCCAGCUCAGGGCCUCAGGCUCGCAUGAGCACAUUGCAGCCCGGCUCACUGAGGCUGUGCACACCAUGCUGUCCAGCCCCUUGGAGUACCUCCCUCCCUGGGAUCCUAAGGACUACAGUGCUCGCUGGAAUGAAAUCUAUGGAAACAACUUGGGUGCCUUGGCAAUGUUCUGUGUGCUGUAUCCUGAGAAUGUCGAAGCUCGAGAUAUGGCCAAAGACUACAUGGAGAGGAUGGCAGCGCAGCCUAGUUGGUUGGUGAAAGAUGCUCCUUGGGAUGAAGUCCCACUUGCUCACUCCCUGGUAGGUUUUGCCACUGCUUAUGACUUCUUGUACAACUACCUGAGCAAGACACAACAGGAGAAGUUUCUUGAAGUGAUUGCCAAUGCCUCAGGAUAUAUGUAUGAAACUUCAUACAGGAGAGGAUGAUUUCAGUACCUGCACAAUCACCAGCCCACCAACUGCAUGGCUUUACUCACAGGAAGCCUAGUUCUGAUGAAUCAAGGGUACCUUCAAGAGGCCUACUUGUGGACCAAACAAGUUCUGACCAUCAUGGAGAAAUCUCUGGUCUUACUCCGAGAGGUGACGGAUGGCUCCCUCUAUGAAGGAGUUGCCUAUGGCAGCUACACCACUAGAUCCCUCUUCCAGUACAUGUUUCUUGUUCAGAGACAUUUUGACAUCAACCACUUUGGCCACCCAUGGCUUAAACAACACUUUGCAUUUAUGUAUAGAACCAUCUUGCCAGGAUUUCAAAGAACUGUGGCAAUUGCAGACUCAAAUUACAACUGGUUUUAUGGUCCAGAAAGCCAAUUAGUGUUCCUGGAUAAAUUUGUCAUGCGUAAUGGCAGUGGAAACUGGCUGGCUGACCAAAUCAGAAGGAACCGUGUGGUAGAAGGUCCAGGAACACCAUCCAAAGGGCAGCGCUGGUGCACUCUGCACACAGAAUUUCUCUGGUACGAUGCAAGCUUGAAAUCAGUGCCUCCUCCAGAUUUUGGUACCCCUACAUUGCAUUAUUUUGAAGACUGGGGUGUUGUGACUUACGGAAGUGCACUACCUGCAGAAAUCAAUAGAUCUUUCCUUUCCUUCAAGUCAGGAAAACUUGGGGGACGUGCAAUAUAUGACAUUGUCCACAGGAACAAAUACAAGGAUUGGAUCAAAGGAUGGAGAAAUUUUAAUGCAGGACAUGAACAUCCUGAUCAAAACUCAUUUACUUUUGCUCCUAAUGGCGUGCCUUUCAUUACUGAGGCUCUCUAUGGGCAGUAUACCUUCUUCAACAACGUUCUCAUGUUUUCCCCAGCCGUGUCGAAGAGCUGCUUUUCUCCCUGGGAGGGUCAGGUCACAGAAGAUUGCUCAUCAAAGUGGUCAAAAUACAAGCAUGACCUGGCAGCUAGCUGUCAGGGGAGAGUGGUUGCAGCAGUGGAGAAAGAUGGGGUGGUUUUUAUCCAAGGAGAAGGUGUGGGAGCUUAUAACCAGCUCAACCUGAAGAACAUUCAGAGGAAUCUUAUCCUCCUGCACCCACAACUGCUCCUCCUCGUGGACCAAAUACACCUGGGAGAGGAGAGCCCCCUGCAGACAGCAGCAAGUUUCUUCCACAAUGUGGAUGUUCCUUUUGAGGAGACAGUGGUGGAUGGCGUCCAUGGGGCUUUCAUCAGGCAGCGAGAUGGUCUCUAUAAAAUGUACUGGAUGGAUGAUACUGGCUACAGUGAGAAAGCAACCUUUGCCUCAGUGACAUACCCUCGGGGCUAUCCCUACAAUGGGACAAACUAUGUGAAUGUUACUAUGCACCUCCGAAGUCCCAUCACCAGGGCAGCUUACCUCUUUAUAGGGCCAUCUGUAGAUGUUCAGAGCUUCAGCAUCCAUGGAGACUCUCAGCAACUGGAUGUGUUCAUAGCCACCACUGAACAUGCCUAUGCAGUUUACCUGUGGACAGGUGAGACCACAGGACAGUCUGCCUUUGCACAGGUCAUUGCAGAUCAUCAGAAGAUUCUGUUUGACCAGAAUUCAGCCAUCAAGAGCACCACUAUCCCUGAGGUGAAGGACUAUGCUGCUAUUGUGGAACAGAACCUGCAGCAUUUUAAGCCAGUGUUCCAGCUGCUGGAGAAGCAGAUCCUGUCCCGAGUCCGGAAUACAGCCAGCUUUAGGAAGACUGCUGAGCGCCUGCUGAGAUUUUCAGAUAAGAGACAGACUGAGGAGGCCAUUGACAGGAUUUUUGCCAUAUCACAGCAGCAGCAGCAAAGCAAGUCAAAGAAAAAUAGGAGGGCUGGAAAACGCUAUAAAUUUGUGGAUGCUGUCCCUGAUAUUUUUGCACAGAUUGAAGUCAAUGAGAAAAAGGUUCGACAGAAGGCUCAAAUUUUGGCACAGAAAGAACUACCCAUAGAUGAAGAUGAAGAAAUGAAAGACCUUUUAGACUUUGUAGAUGUAACAUAUGAAAAACAUAAAAAUGGGGGCUUGAUAAAAGGCCGGUUUGGACAGUCACAGAUAGUGACAGCUACUCACAGCAAAGCCCCGUCACUGUCUGCUUCAUACACCAGACUUUUCUUGAUUUUGAACAUUGCAAUUUUCUUUGUCAUGUUGGCAAUGCAACUGACUUAUUUCCAGAGGGCCCAGAGCCUACAUGGCCAAAGAUGUCUUUAUGCAGUCCUUCUAAUAGAUAGCUGUAUUUUAUUGUGGUUGUACUCAUCUUGUUCCCAAUCACAGUGUUAG